AUGGACCAAUGGGGUUUAAUUCGCUUUAUAGGGUCCAUUUCGUUGUUUGUCCUCCUCCUUCCUGAAGCCUGCAAGGCUGGUGUCCAAUAUGUAGGCACGAUCUCUCCAGGGGUGCAAGGGUCUCAAAUGACCUGGAUCAAUCUUAAUGGAAUGUUUCUUGUAUCUAACAACUCGAAUUUCGCAUUUGGCUUUACAACUACUCAAGAUGUUACCAAAUUUCUGCUAGUCAUUGUCCACACGGGUAGCUCGAAGGUCAUAUGGUCUGCAAAUAGAGGUUCCCCAGUUUCAAAUUCUGAUAACUUUAUCUUUGGUGAAGAUGGUAAGGUUUCUUUACGAAAAGGGGAAGGUGUGGUUUGGACAGCUGAUACUGGUGGCAAGAGGGUUUCUGCAAUCGAAAUGCAGGAUUCAGGAAAUUUGGUUUUGCUUGGGAAUGACACUAGUGUACUUUGGCAGAGUUUUAGCCAUCCUACCGAUACACUUAUUUCAAACCAGGAUUUUGUAGAUGGAAUGAAACUUGUAAGUGAUCCUAACGCCAAUAACCUGACCCAUAUCCUUGAAAUCAAGUCCGGAGACGUGAUACUUUCUGCUGGUUUCCAACCUCCGCAGCCUUAUUGGUCCAUCCAAAAAGAGAGCCGGAGAACCGUCAAUAAAGAUGGUGGGAAAGUUGCUGUGGCAUCUCUCCGUGGAAAUUCAUGGAGGUUCUAUGAUGGAAACAAAGUGUUAUUGUCACAAUUUAUUUUCUCUGAUAGUACUGAUGCAAAUGCCACUUGGAUUGCAGUUCUAGGAAUUGAUGGUAUUAUCUCUUUCUACAAUCUUGAUGAUAGAGGCAGUGAUUCACAAACAAAAAUACCGAAUGAUCCAUGCAGCAGACCAGAACCUUGCGACUCACUUUAUGUUUGUUCUGGUAACAAUGUAUGCCAGUGCCCUUCUGGUCUUACUACCCGCCCAAAUUGCCAGACAGGGAUUGUCUCUACCUGUGAUGGUUCAAAUGGUUCUACAGAGCUUGUGAGUGCUGGGAACGGGCUCAAUUAUUUUGCUCUGGGGUUUGUACCACCCUCUUCAAAAACGGAUCUGGAAGGCUGUAAAUCCGCUUGUGAUGGUAACUGCUCAUGCCUUGCUCUUUUCUUCCAAAACAGUUCUGGAAACUGCUUCCUGUUCAGUAACAUAGGAAGUUUGCAGAACUCUAAUGCAGGCUCUAGUUUUGUUGCAUACAUUAAAGUUUUGAGUGGAAGCAGUGGUUCCAAUGCUGGAGGAGGAAGCAGCCAUAAAAGCUUUCCAGUUGUUGUGAUAAUAGUCAUUGCCACAUUGAUCGCCAUUUGUGGUAUACUUUAUUUGGCAUUUCGUUAUCACAGGAAAAAGAAGAAAAGGCCUGAAUCUCCCCACGACACCUCAGAAGAUGAUAACUUCAUAGAGGGUUUAUCUGGGAUGCCAAUCCGUUUUAGUUACAGAGAUCUUCAGAUUGCAACUAAUAACUUCUCAGUGAAGCUUGGACAAGGAGGAUUUGGCUCAGUUUAUCAAGGAGCUCUCCCAGAUGGAACUCGACUGGCUGUGAAGAAGUUGGAAGGCAUUGGUCAGGGAAAGAAAGAAUUUCGAGCUGAAGUUACAAUCAUUGGUAGUAUCCAUCAUCACCACUUGGUCAGGCUAAGAGGCUUCUGUGCUGAAGGAACUCACCGCCUUCUUGCUUAUGAGUUCAUGCCAAAUGGGUCUUUGGAUAAAUGGAUCUUCAAGAGGAACAAAGAAGAAUUCCUGUUGGAUUGGGAAACAAGAUUCAAUAUUGCUGUUGGAACAGCAAAAGGACUAGCUUAUCUCCACGAAGACUGUGAUUCAAAGAUCAUUCAUUGCGACAUAAAACCGGAAAACGUGCUUCUUGAUGGUCAGUUUCUUGCCAAAGUCUCAGAUUUUGGCUUGGCUAAGUUGAUGAAUCGAGAGCAAAGCCAUGUUUUCACAACAUUAAGAGGCACCAGGGGGUACCUUGCACCAGAAUGGAUCACAAAUUAUGCCAUAUCAGAGAAAAGUGAUGUUUAUAGCUAUGGCAUGUUGUUGCUUGAGAUCAUUGGUGGAAGAAAAAACUUUGUUCCAACCGAAUCUUCAGAGAAGUCCCAUUUCCCCUCUUAUGCAUUCAAGAUGAUGGAAGAAGGGAAACUGAGAGAAAUCGUUGAUUCGAAGCUCAAGUUCAACCAAGACGAUGAGAGGGUCUCCGCAUCUAUUAAAGUUGCAUUGUGGUGUAUACAGGAAGAUAUGCAUCUCAGGCCAUCAAUGACCAAAGUUGUCCAAAUGCUUGAAGGUCUCUCCCCAGUUCCAAUGCCACCAACUUCAUCACCGUUGGGUUCUCGCCUUUUUUCAAGUUUCUUCAAAUCAGUAAGUGAGGAGGGCACUUCCUCAGGACCAUCAGACUACAAUAGUGAUGCUUACCUCUCUGCAGUGCGGCUUUCCGGCCCAAGAUAA